AGUACUUAGAGUUGUGCUUUUAGAGCUAAUUGGCCUUGUUUCAUUGGCUGUAGGCGCCUACUUAGGUAGGUAGGUACCUACUUACUGUAAGAAGCUAAAUGUCGCCACGCCGAGAGAUUGGCGAUGGCCCGCCGCUGCCAUUGAUGCAGUCAUCGCAGCGAAAUUCGCAAAAUUGCUAGCGAAUAAUUUGUACAAAGUCGCGAUUUCAAUCCUCCCCUCUUCUUCCUCUAUGCAACUUUGUUUUGCCAGCCAAAAGUCUCGCUACGAAUUGGGAGUCAGCAAUUUGUAGAAAUCGACUCCUUGUUAGUAGACAAGACGGGCCAUUUUCCUGAAAUGGUAGCCCGUCAUUCCGUGGCGCAGCUCUCGCGAAGAGCAGCCGGAGCUGUCUCUUACUCGCCCCUCCGUACUCUCCGGCCGACACAAGAUGUCAUUUCACAGACACGCGCGUUUGCGACUCCUGUGCCACCCGUGACGCAAAAUGCUGCUGGAUCGAAGGGUCCUACGGCCAUGGUGUUUUUGAACAUGGGUGGGCCUUCAACGGUGGACGAGGUCGAGGACUUUCUCAAGCGUCUCUUCCAAGAUGGCGAUUUAAUACCGCUGGGUCGACUCCAGAAUUAUAUCGGCUCCUUCAUAUCUUCGAGGAGAACUCCAAAGAUUCAAAAACAAUAUGCUGAAAUCGGUGGUGGCUCCCCGAUUCGAAAGUGGUCAGAAUAUCAGAACGUCGAAAUGUGCAAAAUACUUGAUCGUAUAUCCCCCGAGACUGCCCCCCAUAAGCCAUACGUUGCCUUUCGUUACGCCAACCCCUUGACCGAAGAAAUGUAUACUAAAUUAUUGGAGGAUGGUUUUGGUAAUGGUAGGGGAGGCCGUGCUGUGGCAUUCACUCAGUAUCCACAGUAUUCCUGCUCAACCACCGGCAGCAGCUUAAACGAGUUGUGGAGGUGGCGACAGAGGCUCGAAGGAAAGGCAGGACCGGGCACGAUUGAUUGGAGCGUCAUCGACCGUUGGCCAGCCCAUCCAGGCCUAGUGAAUACAUUUGCCAGCAACAUUGAGAAGACAUUAGCUGAAUAUCCCGAAGAACGGCGCAGCAAGGCAGUCCUUCUCUUCUCUGCACACAGCUUGCCGAUGACAGUGGUCAACCGAGGCGAUCCAUACCCGGCCGAGGUUGCCGCGACGGUAUACGCUGUGAUGCAACGCCUCAAAUUUUCUAACCCUUACAGACUAUGCUGGCAAUCACAGGUUGGCCCGCAGCCAUGGCUAGGCCCUCAGACACAGACAUCAGUCGAAGAGUAUAUUUCCAAAGGACAGAAAGAUCUGGUCCUAAUUCCCAUUGCGUUCACAUCUGACCAUAUUGAAACCUUAUUUGAGUUGGACAAGGAGGUCAUAGGGGAGUCUGGUCACGCCGAUACGGUCAAGCGGGUAGAGAGCCUUAAUGGCAACCCUAUGUUUAUUGAGGCAUUGGCAGACCUUGCCAAAUCCCAUCUAGAUAGCGGCAUCGCGUGCUCGUAUCAGAUGGGGUUGAGAUGCCCCGGCUGCAAAAACGAACGUUGCGCCGAGUCCAAGAAAUUCUUUGCUGGUGUCCAAAAUUCACUCGCUGUAUGAAAAACAGCGCCCCCCGCGCCAUAAUGAUAUUGGGCAUAUUUUGGUCACGGUAAUUCGUUGCCCCUAACCGGCUUAUUCACAAGCAAUGCCUGGUUUAGUUUGUAUAUAUAGGUACUAUGAGCAGGCUAUCCGAGAGUAGCAUCUCGAGCAUAGAACACCUUAUUGUGGGAUAUGCCUAAGCAAUCUAUAGGCAUAGCUCGCCCAUUUUGGAUAUCCGAGCUAGGCAGCGUAAAAACACUUCUUUCACUCGAGUACUGGGCAGAUUCCUGCCGCCAGAUGCCUUGACAUACAUCACGUAAGGAUUUGAAUACUGGACAUCAAUAAAGGAGCACGCGUAAAACGUCAAUAUGUUGGAUCCGGUCCAUUAGGCAUUAACGGUGGCAGUACCUCCAUAUGUACUGUC